GGUGGACGAAAGGUCAAUGCAUUAUUGAAAUUUAUGACCUUUGAGGAGCCAUAUAAUAUUAAUAUUAUUCUUGGGCGACUUAUGCUUCAACUAUAAAUAUUGCUUCCGAUACAAGUUGUAGUAUCACUUAACAAUUAACUCACUUUUAGGAAAACGAAAUGAAUCUCUCUUUUAGCCAACUUAUAAGUUCCAAGUACACAUGCUUCCGCAACUUCUUUUUUCAUUUUCUUCGCAUACUUUUGUUUCAAGUUAGUUCAUUCUGGAUCGAGCUCACUUACUUCAUUAUCUUCUCAACCUUAGGGUUUUUGGCUUUGAAGGCCUCAACUCCAAGAAAAGAUGCAUCUUUUAUUCCUAAAGACUUUGAUUUGUUUUUCACUUCGGUUUCUUCUGUGACAGUUUCCAGCAUGUCCACAGUAGAAAUGGAGGUUUUCUCUAAUGGCCAACUCAUCAUCAUGACAUUUUUAAUGUUCCUUGGAGGUGAAGUCUUCACUUCUUUGCUUGGACUUCAGUUAAACAAGUUCAAGACAAACAAGGACCCAAAAAUAGCCAAUAGCCAAAGUGAUGAUAACUUGGAUCAAAUUGAACUCGGUGUCAGCAAUCUUUUCGAUCUUCAUGAAAAUGACCAAAAAUCUUUCGAGGUUCAUCAUCAUCUUCAACAUCAAGAUCAAGAUGAUUUGAUCAUGAUGAAUAAUCCCUCCUUCACAAGCAUAUUAGCCUCUGUGGUUCUAAUCUAUCUCUUGUUGGUUCAUUUUCUUGGCUCUACUUUCAUUUACAUGUAUUAUGAAAUCAUUCCAAGUGCUAAGAAAGUCCUGAGGGAAAAAGGGCUGAAUUUGGCAACAUUUUCAGUAUUCACUACAGUCUCAACCUUUGCAAAUUGUGGGUUCAUCCCAACAAAUGAAAACAUGAUGAUUUUCAAGAAGAACUCUGGCCUAUUACUCAUCAUGAUCCCACAAAUCUUACUAGGAAACACAUUAUAUCCAGCUUGUCUUCGUUGCUUCAUGUGGUUGUUGCACAAGAUUACAAAAAGGGACGAGCUCAAAUCCAUCCUCAGCAACAGGAAUUCCUCCGCAAUCCUAGGAUAUGAUCAUCUGUUCUCUUCUCUGCAUUCCACGUGUCUGGCUGUCACUGUUGUUGUUUUUGUGGUGGUUCAGUUUGUGGUUUUCGGUGUUCUGGAGUGGAAUAAUUCUUCUGAGGCCACUUCUGGAUUGAGUGCUUAUGAGAAGGUGGUGGGAACGCUUUUCCAAGUUGUGAACUCAAGGCAUUCUGGCGAAUCUGUGUUUGAUCUUUCCUUAAUCACUCCAGCCAUCAUCGUAUUAUUCGUUAUCAUGAUGUAUUUGCCUCCGCACACUUGCUUCUUUCCAUUUGAGAAUGCCAAAACCUCUUCAACUGAACCGAAAAAGACCGCGGGACGGAAAAGGAAUCUCAUUUCCUACCUAUUAUUUUCACAACUGACCUAUUUAGCCAUUUUUAUUAUUCUCAUCUGCAUCGCUGAGAGAGACAAACUCAAAGAAGACCCUCUAAAUUUUAGCUUAUUGAACAUUGUUGUUGAAGUCAUCAGUGCUUACGGAAAUGUUGGCUUCUCAAUGGGCUACAGUUGUAAAAGACAAAUAAAAGCUAGUGAAAGCUGCAGAGAUGCAACGUAUGGAUUCGCUGGAAAAUGGAGCAACACAGGGAAAUUGAUUCUCAUCAUUGUGAUGUUCUUUGGAAGGCUUAAGAAAUUCAACCUGAAAAGCCAUAAGGUUUGGAAGUUGCAGUAACAUCAAAUAUCGUUCACUGAGUUGAUUAUGUUCUCAGUGUAAGAUAAUGUAAAUUAUAAAAGUUUUCCUCUAUACUAAAUCUAACGAGUUUGAGCACUAAUAAUUAUGGUCAUUAAUUGUUAUAUAUCACCUCAAAAGAGGUUACUUAAUGCGAAAAAUCUCAAGGGAA